AUGGACCCAAGCAGAAAGCUCCUAUCAGAAAAUGAUCUCCUGCCAUUAGGUAUUCAAAACAAAGAGAGAGGAAUUGUGCUCCUGGUUCCCGGCACAGCGGGUAGUGCCAAUGAGGCAUUCAAAUCUUCGGCUUAUUACCAAGUUCUUCCAUCGCAAGGUUUUGAUGUAUGCUGGGUAGAUACACCCAAUUACUCGCUCACCGAUAUGCAAUUGGCGGCCGAAUUUGUCGCUUACGCCAUCAAGAGCCUAGCCCCUCAAUCAAUCAAAACUGGUGGUAAAAUCAAUAUCGUUAGCUAUAGCCAAGGAGGUCCAAAUGUCCAAUGGGCUUCGACAUUUUGGCCCUCGAUUCACAAACUUAUCACUGGGCACAUUUCACUUUCCCCUUCGAUGAGAGGCACAUUAUCCAGUCUAAUUCUUUGCCCUGCCUCCAAUAUCGCGGGAGGGUGUUUACCUUCAGUCUUACAACAGACAAAGGGCUCAAAUUACAUGAAUGCAGCUAACAGCCUCAAGGAUACUCGCAGUGCGGCCUACGCGCUUAUCCCUACCACGAUCAUUUACACGCUUAGCGACGAAAUCGUAACGCCCCAGUUGGGAUAUUCGGCAUCCUCCCGACUUAUCGGAGCUUCCAACAUAGUCCUUCAGAACAUCUGUCCCUUGUCCUUCGACGUAGACCAUCUUGGAAUACCGGGUGAUGUUGGAGCGUACGGAAUUGCGCUUGACGCCUUGCUGAAUGGCCGUCCGGCCCAGCCUUCCACGGUGGAUCGCUCGUAUUGUACCAAGACAGCUGCGAGCCUCGGAUUCCGACUGAAUAACGCGGCAAACGACCUGCGAUUCGUAUUCCGUAAUAUAUUUGGCACUCGAAGAUUCCAAAUGAUCUCUUCAGAACUCCAGACUCUGCGAGUUCCGGUCGAACCGCUAUUGCAGCAAUAUGUGUGCGACCGUGGAUACGCAUCGUCCGGAUGUACUCGCAACGGAUUCAGAGACAGCGCCCCAACCGAAUCAAUCUUUGCCGGACUCCUCUAA